GGGGUAUAGAUUUUUCAGAGCCAAAAUAUUCAGGAGUGGAAGGCUUGUACAGUACAUCUCACAUCCCUUUCAGAAGGGUGACACAGUGCGCAGCUAAUGGAGCUGCUUCCUCAUGGCGAUAGCGUUCACUCCUGGUACUCUGUGUGGGCGGUGUUCACAGCCUGCAAUUUCAAUGACAACACGAAACCAUUCUGUGACUGGACCCAAGCAACUGGCGAUGAUGGAGACUGGAGUCGAAUAUCUGUGAAAUCUCCAACACAGGGAACAGGGCCCUCUGGAGACUAUCCAGAUGGAAAUGGUUAUUACAUCUAUCAAGAAGCUGAUGACUUCACCAAAGGUCAGUUUGUGAGGCUGGAGAGUCCAACCGUGGUAGUGUCUGGGGAAGUGUGUGUGGAGUUCAGGUACUACAUGUACGGGGUGGAUUCUGACAAUGCUCUGAGAGUAUAUAUGAAGGAGUCUUCCACCGAAAAGCAGAUAUGGAGUAAAACUGGACUUCAGAGUCCAUCCUGGCUACACGGAACAAUCGACCAUUCAUUCAAGACCCCAACAAGUAUAAAGGUUAUCUUUGAAUCCGUUCGAGGCUCCACUACAUCAUGUGACAAUGCUGUGGACAACAUCAGGAUCAGGACAGGACCCUGCUCUGAUUGCAUCACCAGCUGCGAUUUUGAUGAGUUUGACAACCUAUGUGGCUGGACCAAUGAACAGGCUCCACCCCUGGUCGCUUUUGAUCAAUGGACUGGACAGACUGACACAGAGAGUACAGGACCAGAUGAUGACUAUUCCAAACCUGGAAUUGGUUACUACAUGUUGAUGGAUUCAACUGUAACCAUGCCUGGUGACCGAUCCCACCUGAGAAGCCCAGUAGUCCAUUCCAAUGAGUGCCUUACGUUGAAGUUCCACUAUUUCAUGUACGGAACAGCUACCAGAAUGCAGCUAAAUGUGUAUGCAGCAAAGCAAGGAGACAACUUGGAGUAUCCGCUCAUCUCCUUCACAGGAAACCAACAACCAGUCUGGAAGCUGGCUGAGGCCACUUACAGAGGAAAAGCUCAAGUGCAGUUUGUUAUUGAAGCAGUCCGUGGUGAGACUCCACAGUCUGACAUUGCAGUGGACAGUGUGUGCAUUGCGAGGUGCCAACAGGUUCCUACAACCACCAAAUCACCGCCGACCAGUCCACAAACCAUCACAACAAAAGGAUCUGCAGCUCCAGAUUCCACAAUGACCACCACUUCACUAACAAUAAGUUCAAAGCCCACCACAACCCAACAGACCAUAGAUCCAGAAUCUUGCCCACCAAAUUCACACUAUGACCCAUGUGGGGCCGGUUGCUCACCCCAAUGUGACAGACCAACCCCAGACUGUCCAGGUGGCUGUGUGUCUGGUGGGUGCGUCUGCAACGAGGGAUUCUACAAGAGAGGAGACAGUUGUGUCCCUGCAGAGCAGUGUGGUUGUAUCCACAAUGGAACCUACUAUCAGCCCGGCCAGGUUAUCUGGUCAGAAGCAUGCACCUCCAUUUGUCGUUGCCUUGGGAACUUCACUAUCCAAUGCACUAACAUGACCUGCGCCUCAGAUGAGUACUGUGGAGUACAGGGUGGGGUCCACGGCUGCUACCCAAAAGGCUCGUCCACUUGCACUGCAUCUGGGGACCCCCACUACACCACCUUCGACAAGAGGAAGUUCAGCUUCCAGGGCAACUGCACUUAUGUGUUGGCCAAGCUCUGCAACUCCAGCCGGACCCCGUUCACUGUGUACGCGGCCAACGAGCAUCGCCACGGAGUGAAGACCGUGUCGUUUGUCAAAGCAGUUCACGUCAGUGUCUACGGCAUCACAGUGUCAGUGCUCAGGAACAGGGCAGUCCAGGUGGACGGAGAGUCUGUGACCGUUCCCAUCUGGCCACUCCCCGGAGUCACCGUCAAACCUUCCGGCAAACACGUGGUGCUGCGAACCGACUUCGGCCUGACCGUGCGCUACGAUGGCAGGCACCACGUCGAUGUGAAAGUUCCCAGCGAUUACUCCAGCCAGCUGUGCGGCCUGUGCGGUGACUACAACGGGAUCCCCGGCGAUGAUUUCAGAACUCCCGAGGGACAGCUGGUGAAGGGAGUCAAUGACUUUGGCAACAGCUGGAAUGUGGACAAGAACUGUACCUUGACAGACACCGAAGUGGCCCCACAGUGCUCCGAGGCUGAGCGUGAGACGUACGAAGGGCCCUCCUACUGUGGAAUGCUGUUAGAUGGUUUUGGCCCAUUCGCUGCCUGUCACUACAAGAUCGACCCAAUGGCCUUCUUCAGGGACUGCGUGUAUGACAUGUGUGCGCUGGACGGCAACAAGCAGCAGCUGUGCGAGGCCCUAGAGGCCUAUGUCACCCAGUGUCAGCAACGCAACAUCACCAUUCAACCCUGGAGGAAUGAAACUUUCUGCCCUCUCCAGUGCCCGGCCAACAGUCACUACCAGCCCUGUGCCUCAGCCUGCCCAGUAACCUGCCUUGAGCCUCGUCCUCAGCUCUGUGACCAGCCGUGUGCCGAGGGCUGUCAGUGCGACAAAGGUUUUGUGCAGAGUGGAAACCAGUGCAUCCCGAGAAGUCAGUGCAGCUGUAUGUACAAUGGAACCUAUUAUCAGCCUGGGGAGGUGAUCUGGUCUGAGACCUGUAACCAGGUGUGUAAGUGCCUGUCCAGCAACAACACCCAGUGCACGGACACCAGCUGUGCCCCCGAUGAGUAUUGCGACAACAAGGGUGGUGUCCAAGGCUGUUAUCCGAAAGGCUCAGCCACUUGUACUGCAUCUGGAGACCCCCACUACACCUCCUUCGACAAGAGGAAGUUCAACUUCCAGGGCAACUGCACUUACGUGUUGGCCAUGCCCUGCAACUCCAGCCGGACCCCGUUCACUGUGUACACGGCCAACGAGCAUCGCCACGGAGCGGAGGCCGUGUCGUUUGUCAAAGCAGUUCACGUCAGCGUCUACGGCAUCACCGUGUCAGUGCUCAGGAACAGGGCAGUCCAGGUGGAUGGAGAGUCGGUGACCGUUCCCAUCCGCCCGCUCCCCGGAGUCACCGUCAAACCUUCCGGCAAACACGUGGUGCUGCGAACCGACUUCGGCCUGACCGUGCGCUACGAUGGCAGGCACCACGUCGACGUGAAAGUUCCCAGCGAUUACUCCGGCCAGCUGUGCGGCCUGUGCGGUGACUACAACGGGAUCCCUGGCGAUGAUUUCAGAACCCCUGAAGGACAGCUGGUGAAGGGAGUCAAUGACUUUGGCAACAGCUGGAAUGUGGACGAGAACUGUACCUUGACAGACACCGAGGUGACCCCACAGUGCUCCGAGGCUGACCGUGAGACGUACGAAGGGCCCUCCUACUGUGGAAUGCUGUUAGAUGGUUUUGGCCCAUUCGCUGCCUGUCACUACAAGAUCGACCCAAUGCCUGUGAUCCACUCCUUCCUCUCCCAGGCCUUCUUCAGGGACUGUGUGUACGACAUGUGUGCGCUGGACGGCAACAAGCAGCAACUGUGCGAGGCCCUGGAAGCCUAUGUCACCCAGUGUCAGCAACGCAACAUCACCAUUCAACCCUGGAGGAAUGAAACCUUCUGCCCUCUCCAGUGCCCGGCCAACAGUCACUAUCAGCCCUGUGCCUCAGCCUGCCCAGCCACCUGCCUUGAGCCUCGUCCUCAGUUCUGUAACCAGCCGUGCGCCGAGGGCUGUCAGUGCGACGAAGGCUUUGUGCAGAGCGGAGUCCAGUGCGUCCCGAGAAAUCAUUGUGGCUGCAUGUAUAACGGAACCUAUUACCAGCCUGGCGAGGUGAUCUGGUCUGAAGCCUGUAACCAGGUGUGUAAGUGCCUGUCCAGCAACAACACCCAGUGUACAGACACCAGCUGUGCCCCUGACGAGUACUGUGAUAACAAGGGUGGCGUCCAGGGGUGUUACCCUAAAGAUUCGUCCACUUGCACUGCAUCUGGAGACCCCCACUACACCUCCUUCGACAAGAGGAAGUUCAGCUUCCAGGGCAACUGCACUUACGUCUUGGCCAAGCCCUGCAACUCCAGCCAGACCCCGUUCACUGUGUACACGGCCAACGGGCAUCGACAUGGAGUAAAGACCGUGUCGUUUGUUAAAGCAGUUCAUAUCAGUGUCUACGGCAUCACCGUGUCAGUGCUCAGGAACAGGGCAGUCCAGGUGGAUGGAGAGCCUGUGACCAUUCCCAUCCGCCCGAUCCCUGGAGUCGCCAUCAAACCUUCCGGCAAACACGUGGUGCUGCAAACCGACUUCGGCCUGACCGUGCGCUACGAUGGCAGGCACCACGUCGACGUGAAAGUUCCCAGCGAUUACUCCAGGCAGCUGUGCGGCCUGUGCGGUGACUACAAUGGAAUCCCUGACGAUGAUUUCAGAACGCCCGAGGGACAGGUGGUGAAGGGAGUCAAUGACUUUGGAAACAGCUGGAACGUGGACAAGAACUGCACCUUGACAGACACCGAGGUGACCCCACAGUGCCCAGAAGCUGAGCGUGAAACGUAUGAAGGACCUUCGUACUGUGGGAUACUGUUGGAUCAUUUCGGCCCAUUCGCUGCCUGUCACUACAAGAUUGAUCCCAUGGCUUUCUUCAGGGACUGUGUGUACGACAUGUGUGCGCUGGACGGCAACAAGCAGCAGCUGUGUGAAGCCAUCGAGGCCUAUGUCACCCAGUGUCAGCAACGCAAUGUUACUGUUCAACCUUGGAGGAGUGAAACCUUCUGCCCUCUCCAGUGCCCGGUCAACAGUCACUACCAGCCCUGUGCCUCAGUCUGCCCAGCCACCUGCCUUGACCCUCGUCCUCAAUUCUGUAACCAGCCGUGUGCUGAAGGCUGUCAGUGCGACAAAGGCUUUGUGCAGAGCGGAGCCCAGUGUGUCCCAAGAAAGCAGUGCGGAUGUAUGUACAACGGAACCUAUUACCAGCCUGGCGAGGUGAUCUGGUCUGAGACCUGUAACCAGGUGUGUAAGUGCCUGUCCAGCAACAACACCCAGUGCACGGACACCAGCUGCGCCCCCGACGAGUACUGUGACAACAAGGGUGGCGUCCAGGGAUGUUACCCUAAAGGCUCGUCCACUUGCACUGCCUCUGGGGACCCCCACUACACCUCCUUCGACAAGAGGAAGUUCACCUUCCAGGGCAACUGCACUUACGUGUUGGCCAAGUCCUGCAACUCCAGCCGGACCCCGUUCACAGUGUACGCGGCCAACGAGCAUCGCCACGGAGUGAAGACCGUGUCGUUUGUCAAAGCAGUUCACGUCAGCGUCUACGGCAUCACCGUGUCAGUGCUCAGGAACAGGGCAGUCCAGGUGGAUGGAGAGCCUGUGACCAUUCCCAUUCGUCCGAUUCCCGGAGUCACCAUCAAACCUUCCGGCAAACACGUGGUGCUGCAAACCGACUUCGGCCUGACCGUGCGCUAUGAUGGCAGGCACCACGUCGACGUGAAAGUUCCCAGCGACUACUCCGGGCAGCUGUGCGGCCUGUGCGGUGACUACAACGGGAUCCCUGGCGAUGAUUUCAGAACGCCUGAGGGACAGCUGGUGAAGGGAGUCAAUGACUUUGGCAACAGUUGGAACGUGGACCAGAACUGCACCUUGACAGACACUGAGGUGACCCCACAGUGCCCAGAAGCUGAGCGUGAAACGUAUGAAGGACCCUCGUACUGUGGGAUACUGUUGGAUCGUUUCGGCCCAUUUGCUGCCUGUCACUACAAGAUUGAUCCCAUGGCCUUCUUCAGGGACUGUGUGUACGACAUGUGUGCACUGGACGGCAACAAGCAGCAGCUGUGUGAAGCUCUAGAGGCCUAUGUCACCCAGUGUCAGCAGCAUAACGUCACCAUUCAACCCUGGAGGACUGAAACCUUCUGCUCUCUUCAGUGCCCGGCCAACAGUCACUACCAGUCCUGCACUUCAGCCUGUCCAGCCACCUGCCUUGAUCUGCAUCCCCACCUCUGUGACCAGCCGUGCGCUGAGGGCUGUCAGUGCGACCAAGGCUUUGUGCAGAGCGGAGCCCAGUGCGUCCCGAGAAAUCAGUGCGGAUGUAUGUACAACGGAACCUAUUACCAGCCUGGCGAGGUGAUCUGGUCUGAGACCUGUAACCAGGUGUGUAAGUGCCUGUCCAGCAACAACACCCAGUGCACGGACACCAGCUGCGCCCCCGACGAGUACUGUGACAACAAGGGUGGCGUCCAGGGAUGUUACCCUAAAGGCUCGUCCACUUGCACUGCCUCUGGGGACCCCCACUACACCUCCUUCGACAAGAGGAAGUUCACCUUCCAGGGCAACUGCACUUACGUGUUGGCCAAGUCCUGCAACUCCAGCCGGACCCCGUUCACAGUGUACGCGGCCAACGAGCAUCGCCACGGAGUGAAGACCGUGUCGUUUGUCAAAGCAGUUCACGUCAGCGUCUACGGCAUCACCGUGUCAGUGCUCAGGAACAGGGCAGUCCAGGUGGACGGAGAGCCGGUGACCGUUCCCAUCCGGCCACUCUCCGGAGUCACCAUCAAACCUUCCGGCAAACACGUGGCGCUGAGAACCGACUUCGGCCUGACCGUGCGCUACGAUGGCAGGCACCACGUCGACGUGAAGGUUCCCGGCGACUACUCCGGGCAGCUGUGCGGCCUGUGCGGUGACUACAACGGGAUCCCUGGCGAUGAUUUCAGAACCCCUGAGGGGCAGCUGGUGAAGGGAGUCAAUGACUUUGGCAACAGUUGGAACGUGGACCAGAACUGCACCUUGACAGACACAGAGGUGACCCCACAGUGCCCUGAAGCUGAGCGUGAAACAUACGAAGGACCCUCGUACUGUGGGAUACUGUUAGAUCAUUUUGGCCCAUUCGCUGCCUGUCACUACAAGAUUGAUCCCAUGGCCUUCUUCGGGGACUGUGUGUACGACAUGUGUGCGCUGGACGGCAACAAGCAGCAGCUGUGUGAAGCUCUAGAGGCCUAUGUCACCCAGUGUCAGCAGCACAACGUCACCAUUCAGCCCUGGAGGAACGAAACCUUCUGCCCUCUUCAGUGCCCGGCCAACAGUCACUACCAGCCCUGUGCCUCAGCCUGUCCAGCCACCUGCCUUGAUCUGCAUCCCCACCUCUGUGACCAGCCGUGCGCUGAGGGCUGUCAGUGCGACCAAGGCUUUGUGCAGAGUGGAGUCCAGUGCGUCUCAAGAAAGCAGUGCGGAUGUAUGUACAAUGGAACCUAUUACCAGCCUGGCGAGGUGAUCUGGUCUGAGACCUGUAACCAGGUGUGUAAAUGCCUGUCCAGCAACAACACCCAGUGCACGGACACCAGCUGCGCUCCUGACGAGUACUGUGACAACAAGGGUGGUGUCCAGGGAUGUUACCCUAAAGGUUCGUCCACUUGUACUGCAUCUGGAGAUCCCCACUACACUUCCUUCGACAAGAGGAAGUUCAACUUCCAGGGCAACUGCACUUACGUGCUGGCCAAGUCCUGCAACUCCAGCCAGACCCCAUUCACAGUGUACGCGGCCAACGAGCAUCGCCACGGAGUGAAGACUGUGUCGUUUGUCAAAGCAGUUCAUGUCAAUGUCUACGGCAUCACCGUGUCAGUGCUCAGGAACAAGGUUGUCCAGGUUGGUGGAGAGACGGUGACUGUUCCUAAUCAUCCAGCCACCGGACUGUCAGUCAAAUUAUCUGGCAAGCACAUCAUCAUAAAAACAGACUUGGGUCUGACUGUGAGAUACGAUGGCAGGCACCACGCAGAAGUUAACGUUCCAAGAAGCUAUGCCAGCCAACUAUGUGGCCUGUGCGGUGACUACAAUGGAAUCCCCAGUGACGAUUUCAGGACUCCCGAGGGGCAGGUUGUGAAGAGCGUCAAUGACUUUGGCAACAGCUGGAACGUGGAUAAGAACUGCAGCAACACUGAGAUCGAAGUGAUCCCUGAGUGCACUGAAGAUGAGCGAGAGAUGUAUAAAGGACCCUCCUAUUGUGCAAUACUGCUGGACUCUCAUGGUCCAUUCGCUGCCUGCCACUACAAGAUUGACCCCAUGGCCUUUUUCAGAGACUGCGUGUACGACAUGUGCGCACUGGACGGCAACAAGCAGCAGCUGUGCGAGGCCCUGGAGGCUUACGUCAACCAGUGUCAGCAACGCAACAUCACCAUUCAAUCCUGGAGGAAUGAAAGCUUCUGCCCUCUUCAUUGUCCUGUGAAUAGUCAUUACGAGACUUGUGGAUCUGCCUGCCCAACCAGCUGCCUUGACCUUCAACCUUCGUCUUGCAAUGCACCGUGUCUGGAGGGCUGUCAGUGCAACAAGGGAUUUUCGCAGAGCGGGGCCCAAUGUGUCCGCGACGAUCAGUGCGGCUGCUCCUACAAUGGGAUUUAUUAUCAGCCUGGUGCUGAUUUCUUUGGGCCUGACUGCUCACUGAAGUGCAGGUGCCACGGUAACAACAGCACGACCUGUGAAGCCUGGAAGUGCGGAGAGAAGGAAUACUGCGGGCUAUCCAAUGGCAACUAUGGCUGCCACCCAACAGGCUUUGGGAUUUGUCACAUCUCCGGAGAUCCUCAUUAUAUCACAUUUGAUGGAAAACCCUUGUCUUUUAUGGGUACCUGUACCUACACCUUGGCCAGGUCGUGUGAAAAUCGGACAGGCCCUUGGUUUACCAUUGAAGGGAAAAAUGAGGAGAGAGGUCAGAAAGGAGUCUCCUACCUGAAAAAGAUUUAUCUCACAACAAAGGAGAAAACUAUCACCCUCAUGAAGAGCAGGAGGACCUUGGUGAACGGCAGGAGAGUGCACCUCCCAUUCCAAUCUCCCCAUGGCUUCACAGUCUCCCUGUGUGGACAGUAUGUGGUAGUGGAGACUAACUUCGGGUUGACACUUCGCUGGGAUGGAAACCACUAUUUGAAAAUCAUUGUUCCUACCUCUUACUUCAACAUGAUGUGUGGUCUCUGCGGCAACUUUGAUGGGAACCCAAACAAUGAUAACAUUAAGCCAAAUGGCUUAGCGGCAGGAAACGUGACUGAGCUAGGCAACAGCUGGCAGACACCAGACGAUGAGGAUGAACGCUGCAAACCCCAUGUCCCCGAGGAACAGCCUUGUAAUAAAGACCUCUACGACAAGGUGAUCAGUCCAGAUCAGUGUGGACGCAUCAUUGACACAAAAGGAGCCUUCCGGGACUGUGUUAAGAUUGUGGACCCCGAGCACUAUUUCAACAACUGUGUGUACGACAUGUGCCAGUUUCAGGGUCUUGAGAGGACUCUCUGUGAUCAGCUGCAAGUUUACACGGAUGCUUGUUUAUCUGCUGGGGCCCCGGUGCACAACUGGAGAACUCCAGACUUCUGUCCUCUCCACUGCCCUGAGAACAGUCACUACACUCUGUGUGCAAGUACCUGCCCACCUACUUGCAAUGACCUGUUCUCUUCUAUCCGCUGCUCAGACCAAUGUGUCGAGGGCUGUGAAUGUGAUGAAGGGUUCAUCCUAAGUAAUAGUCAGUGUGUCCGGGUCUCCGAGUGUGGCUGCACAGAUAUGACAGGCAAUUAUUGGCUGCCUAACGAGACCUGGUACCAGAAGGACUGCAGCGAGCAGUGCCAAUGCCACGGAGCAAAUGUCAUCAAGUGCAAGAGUGCAGGAUGCACAGCUGGAGAGAGCUGCGGGCUACAGGAUGGAGUGUACGGCUGUCAUCCUCUGGGCCAUGAAACCUGCAGUGCAUCAGGAGACCCCCAUUACACGACUUUCGACAAGACAGUCCACCAUUUCAUGGGAACAUGCACCUACACCCUAUCAAGACUCUGCAACACCUCUUCCGGCCUGCCCUACUUCAACAUUGAGACCAGUAAUGAACACCAGGGCAGGAACAAGCAAGUCUCCUAUGUCAAGGCAGUUCACAUUGACGUUCAUGGUCAUCAUGUCACCAUAAUGAAGAACCGAAGAGUCAUCUUGGAUGGCCGACGGGUCAACCUCCCCAUCUUUGAGGACAACCUGCAGAUCCGGAUCAGCGGGGGCUACGUCUUGCUGGAGACGGUUUUCGGCUUAUGGGUGCGCUACGAUGGGAACCAUCACGUGGACGUCACUGCUCCCUCUUCCUACGCAGGACAGCUCUGCGGCCUCUGUGGAAAUUAUAACGGGAAGAAGAUUGAUGACAACUUGAAGCCUGACGGCAGUGUUGCUGAAACCACAGACGAACUGGGAGAGAGUUGGCUUGUACCUGACAACACCACAGGAUGCACAAACUCUGGUGGGAUCAAGAACUGCGACAAAAAUAUUGAGCAGGAGGCACAACAGUCAACAAGCUGCGGCUUAAUCAUGGAUCCAACAGGGCCAUUCAAGGAGUGUCACAGUAAGGUUUCUCCAGAGACGUACUUUGAAAGCUGUGUGUAUGACCUGUGUGCUUCCGAGGGGGACAUGGGCAUGCUCUGCCUCGCCCUCCAGUCCUAUGCUGCCUUCUGUGCCCAGGCUGGUGUCCCUGUAACAUGGAGAAAGAAGACCUUUUGCCCUCUGAGCUGCCUAGCAGGCAGUCACUAUGAGCCCUGCAGCAGCGCUUGCCCUGCAUCCUGCACUGAUCUAUCGGCUCCCAAUGACUGCACCCACCCUUGCGUCGAGGGUUGCGUAUGCGACCACAGUUACGUGCUGAGUGGCGACAAGUGUGUCACAUUUGAUCAGUGUGGCUGUGUGGACUCAGAGAGAAAUUAUCACCUGCUGGGAGAGAACUGGAUCACAAACAGCAACUGCACAGAGCGCUGCACCUGCUCCAGCCCCAGCAACAUAACCUGCGAACAGUGGGAGUGCGGCCCCGUAGACAGUUGUGGAGUGCUGGAAGGAGUCCUGGGAUGUCAAACCACAGGCUCUGCCUCGUGCCACGUUGCUGGGGAUCCGCACUAUUACACAUUCGACAAUGCCAUGCACAGUUUCAUGGGAACGUGCACUUACACGCUAGUCAGUGUCUGCAACACCACCAUGGUCACCCCAUUCACCAUCAGUGCCAAGAACGAGGAGCGAGGGCUACCUCAGGUUUCCUACCUUCGCGUGAUUCAUAUCGACAUCUAUGGCCAUCGCAUCAGUCUGCAAAAGAGCAGGAGGAUCCUGGUGGAUGGGAUGAGGGUUCGAGCCCCAGUGAUCGGUCAGAUUAAAGGCAUCUCCAUUACAAGCAGUGGCAUUUACUCUGUGGUGGAGACCGACUUUGGCCUGGUGGUGAAGUUUGAUGGGAAUCACCAUUUGGAGAUCAAGGUUCCCAGCACCUACUUCGGAAAGGUGUGUGGAAUGUGUGGUAACUACAACCACAAUAUGACGGAUGAGCUCCUGAUGCCUGAUGGAAAACUAGCGAACAAUGUCACCCAUUUUGGGAACAGUUGGAAAGUGGCAGGAGACGAUGACCCUGGGUGCCAGCCUGACAACCGAGACAAGCUGAGCGCCAACUGCUUCCCACAAGAUCUGCCCAAGGUGGAGGCUUUCUGCCAGGAGCUGCUAACAGAUAAGUAUCGCAGCUGCCACCACCUCGCGGACCCAAAGCCGUUUGUCCUCAACUGUGUGUACGACAUGUGUGAGUACGACGGCAUGAUCUCCUCACUAUGUGACAACAUCCACUCUUAUAUUGAGGUUUGUAAGAGCGAGGGCAUCGACAUCAAGUGGAGGAACAGCACCUUCUGCCCUCUGGCAUGCCCGGCCAACAGCCACUACGUGGAAUGUGCCACACCCUGUCCAGCAACGUGUGUCAACAUCUAUGCACCUUCCAGAUGCGAAACUCCUGCGGCCUGUGUGGAAGGCUGUGAGUGUGAGCGAGGUUUUGUGCAGAGUGACAAUGCCUGCGUGAACCUAACUGACUGCGGCUGCCUUGAUGCGACCAAUGACUAUCACAAUGUUGGGGACUCCUGGCUGACCGCUGGCUGCAAGAACAAGUGCACGUGUGUGGGGGCUGGAGUUUACCAGUGCGAAGAGUUCAAGUGUCAGCAGGAAACGAUUUGUGCUGUCGACAAUGGCAUCCGACGCUGCAGGCCUGAAAAGUACAACUCCUGCCACAUUGCUGGCGACCCCCACUACUGGACUUUUGACGGCUACAAGCACCACUACCAGGGUCGGUACACAUACACUCUGAGCAAGACAGUUGGCUCAGACAGCCUGGAACCCUUCAACAUCAAAGGCAAGAACAAGCGGAGAUUCUUCUACAACCGGGUCUCCUUCCUGGAGGCAGUGUUCAUUGACGUCUAUGGACAUUCCGUUGGCCUGAUGAAGCACAGGCAACUCGUGGUGGAUGGUAUCAGGGUCAGCCCACCUUAUGAGCCCAAAGAGGGUCUCAGGAUUUACCAGAGGUCCUCGUCAAUCCAUCUAGAGACUGACUUUGGACUAGCAGUGAACUUUGAUGGUCGCAGCAGUGCAGUUAUCACCCUCCCGAGUACAUACAAAAACCACGUGCGAGGUCUAUGUGGGAACUACGACGGUCGGAGGAACAACGAGUUUAUGAAACCCGAUGGCUCAGUGGUCCGAAGUGUCAAUGCCUUCGGAAACAGUUGGCGAGUACAGCCGGAAAGAGGGCAUGGCACUGAGCCUCAGGCACUGGGACGACACAAGCGUGAACUGGACAUCCUGGACUCGGGCUUCACCACCAGUACCUGCUCCUCCCAGCAACUUUCUGUCAUGAGCAACACCAACUACUGUGGAGCCCUGUCCAAUCCUGAGGGCCCUUUCAAAGACUGCCAUUCUACCGUGGACCCCACCGCCUUCCAGCAGGACUGCCUGUUCGAUCUGUGUGCAUUCUACAACAACACAGAGGUGCUCUGUAAUAACUUUGAGGCUUAUUCAGUGAAUUGCCAGGAGCAGGGAGUGCGGCUAGGCAACUGGAGACAGCAGACUGGGUGCAAUAUGAAGUGCCCCAGCAACAGUACGUACAAGCCCUGUAUGACCGCAUGCCCCUCCACAUGUGCUGAACUCUCUGCUCCUUCCAAAUGUUCCUUGCCCUGCCUGGAAGGGUGUGAGUGUGAUCGAGGUUUUGUGCUGAGUGGCUCCAGGUGUGUGCCAUUCAACCAGUGUGGCUGCACCUUCCACAGCAAGUAUUACAAGGUGCAGGAACACUUCUUCCUGGGUGGUUGCCAAGAGGGCUGUGUGUGCAGCACCACCCAGACUGUCCAGUGUCAACCCACGCAGUGCAAAACAGGCCAGGUCUGCACCAUCUACGACUUCACCUUUGGCUGCUUCACAGAUGGGCCAUGCCUGGAGUACCCCUGUCUGAAUGAAGGAAUCUGUGUCCCCUCAGGAAAGAACUACACUUGUGAGUGUGCACCUGGAUUCACUGGCAGGAACUGCGAGACGGAACAAGAGGACAUCACUGUUCCUCCAGACCCCGACUCCGACUCCCGAGUGGUCCUUAUCGCCGUUCUCGUCCCACUGGCCGUGCUGCUCAUCAUUGCCAUUGGACUGGGAAUCUACUGCUGCAAUUACAGGAAACAAAAAGUACCGUAUGAGGGCUACAUGAUGGAUACAGGAAAUGGGAAAGCUCGAGAUAGUUCCAUGGUAGUACACUUGACGAAGUUCUAGUUGGCCACACACUGCUGCCAGAAGCAAUGUGUCCAGGCCACAUAUUAAAUGUCCACCUACCAACUGUCCAUCAGCCACCCCUGCUGGAAGGAGUCAUGUUUGCAAAGGGCUUUGGGUGCCACAUUUUCUUUGUCUGCCUUGCACCCCGUGAUGACAGUCAACACCCAGCUGUCACUGAACUUACAAUGUUGCUUGCCAGCUCGGAUACUUUCCAUCGCCUCCUCUCCCAUUGCUGCUAACCCUCCACCAGCCCCGAGAAUUCCCCUGGAACACUGUUCAUCAAGACCCAAGGCUAAAAUGACAGGCAAGAGGAAACCAUUUAUUUACGUCCACAAGCAGUUUGAAUAAUUCCAUUUUCCAGACCUUAGAAAGACUGUUCCAAAAAGUUGCUCUGCUACCACCUUGGCUUCCAGUAUCUCACCACACUUUGUCCGUGCCUCUCUCUACACAUUCCACUUGUUUCAUUGAACCGAGAGAGAAAGUAGAAAGUGAUAGAAAGCCAGAGGAAGUAAAAUGAGAGGGACAAACAGGCAGAGGAAGGGAAAAACAGAGAGGGAUAGAGGGGGAAACAGAGAGGGAAAAAAGGAUAAACAGAGAGAAGAAAAUCCAAAGAAAGACACUAAAGAGAGCAACAGAGAUGUAUUCUGCACACAACUAGAGAGAGAGAAAUGGCAGUACUACCAUAACGAGUGAGAGAGAGUCAGUCAGAAGGAGUGUCGGAGAGUGAGUCAUACGGAGAGUCAGGCCUGAGAAAAAGGGAGAAAUAUCCCUAAAAGCAGGUAGAUAUGGAAGGGAAGAUGAAGUCAGACAACGUUCAGGACUCCUAAAUGAAUAAAAGACUCUAACACUGCUUUUCUAUUUCCUUUGGUGUUGACACCAGAGAGAGAAAGAGUCGCCCACAUACAGAUAGGUAAACUAAUGCAGAGAGGCAGACAAAAAGAUAUUGAAACGUCCCAGCAGGUGGGAGGUGUGAGGCACCAGAAAUGUGGCGAAUUGCUUCCUCCUUGUGUCCACAGAAGCGGACCAAUACCAGGGUUUCUCCACUGCUCAUGAAAAGCAAAGACCAGCAGUGGUGACUGCAAGGUUUGUGUAUUCCCAAAAGCACUCUGCAGGUUCUGGAGACAAAACAGGUUCUGGAUGUGGAACUGUCAUUGUAACCACCACCCACACCACCCCCCCCCCCCCACCCCCCAAUCUCCUGUGUUAGAUUUCCUUCCCAUUGUUUUUUUGUUGUUAAAAGGAUGUCAAAUAAAAAUAUGUUUUGUUUCCCUUUCACGUUGACUGUCUGUGUUGGUAAUGACUAUGCCUCAGCCUAUCUGGAUCACCCAUCUUCAGGCUGGGCUCCUUGUAAUCCUCUCUCUGAAACCUUGCAGUCUUGCACUGCACCGUGUUGAACUUUGCCUGACUAGCUCUUUAACUGGCCACUCACCCACUCUGUCUCCCGAGACUUGAAAAUGUUCUCUUUUACAAACAUUGGACCAUUUCUGUAUCAAAUCUAUUUACACCACCGUCUUAGACAAUGCAUUCCAGAACCCAACUUCUCAAUGCAUUAAAAUAAUUCCUAAUUUCUGUUUGAUUCAUUAGCCCAGUUUCUUCAAUUUAUGCUGCUCAUUGACAUUGUUGCUGCUUGAAGCAGUUUCUCCUUAUUCGAUAAAUAAUUUUGAACGUCUCUGUUGAGUUGAAAAGUGAGAGAGGAUUUGCUUGGAGCAUAUUAGCUCCUGACUGGUCUUGACAGGGUGGCUGUGGAGAGCAGUGGUAACAGAGUCUGAAAAAUUUUAAGGCACAGAUCGAUUAUAUUCUUGGUAAGUGAGGAUAUGAAAGGUUAUUGCAAAUUAACAGGAAUGCGUAGCAGAGAGUACAAUAAGACGAUAAUCUUAUGAAGUGGAAGAGCAGACUUAAGGGUCUGAAAAGCCUACCUUGUUCCUAAUGCUUAGUCUUCUCUCCAUAAAGAGCAUGAUUUCCAUUCACUCCACAAAACAGAACCCGCAACCUGGUCUAUCCUAGUAGAUCACUUUUUUGCUCAGUUCCAUACUUAUGUGGUUGUAGCCCCUCUUGAGUGUUUGAAGGAG